CAACUGCACAACCGAGGACAACAAAGCACCACAGAAUAGAAUAGAGCCAUWCACAUUCAAACUCUCUCUCUCCCUCACACACUAGCCCAACCAACCAACCAAUCAAUCAAUCAAUCAACGAAUCAAACAAUCAAACAAACACCACACACCAUGCCCGUCCCCACAACCACCCUCGAACAGCAAUUCGGCGCCCUUUCCACCGACGACCGCCCGAUCGCGGAAAAGACGGCGCCCGCCUUUGUGACGCCCACAAAGAACCCCGGCUCGACGAGGUCCAACCAGGAUUCGGUGGGAUCGGACGACGACACCUGCGCUUCCGAGUCCUUUCCGGCGGCUCCCACCCCCGAAUCUUUGGCCGGCGGAAGCAAGAGCGACAGCGGGGCCUCCCUCGUCGCCAAGACCGACCACAAGCUCAUGGAAGAACGCGGGGAGCUCGCCCCCGAGCCACUGCUGGUGGAGAACCCCCACCGCUUUGUGAUCUUUCCCAUCAAGGACAACGACGUACGUACCAUCGUUUCGUGCAGUGUAGUGAAGUGCAGUGUAAUGUAGUGUAGUGUGGUAUUGUGCAGCCCCUUGUCUUGCGCUGGAAUAACAUCGCACCGUUUGCUUGCUCUUCUGUGCUCUGCUCUGCUCUGCGCACACUCCACCUCACACAACCCACCGCAUCCCUUCUCCUCUCCUUCCCUUUAGCUGUGGGAAAUGUACAAAAAGGCCGAGGCCUCCUUCUGGACCGCGGAAGAGAUCGAUCUCGGCUCGGACAUGGCCGAUUGGGUCAAGCUGUCCGACAACGAGCGACACUUCAUCAGCCACAUCCUGGCCUUCUUUGCGGCAUCGGACGGGAUCGUCAACGAAAACCUGGCACAGAACUUUAUGACCGAGCUCCAGUCGCCCGAGGGACGCUGCUUCUACGGCUUCCAGAUCGCGGUGGAGAACAUCCACUCGGAGACCUACUCGCUCCUCAUCGACACGUACAUCAAGGAUUCCGAGGAGAAGCUCCGUCUCCUCCACGCCAUCGACACGGUCCCCUGCGUGCGGAAAAAGGCCCGCUGGGCCCUCCAGUGGUGCGACUCGGGAAUGGCCAGCUUUGCGGAGCGGUGCGUCGCCUUUUGCGUCGUGGAGGGAAUCUUUUUCUCGGGGAGCUUCUGCGCCAUCUUUUGGCUCAAGAAGCGCGGCCUCAUGCCCGGCCUGGCCUUUUCCAACGAGCUCAUCUCGCGCGACGAGGGACUCCACUGCGACUUUGCCUGCAUGCUCUACAACAAGCUGGUCAACAAGCUCGCCCCCGAGCGCAUCGUGGAGAUUGUCACCAACGCCGUCGACAUCGAAAAGGAAUUCGUCAGCGACGCCCUCCCGGUAGAGCUCAUCGGCAUGAACUCGAAGCUCAUGCAGCAGUACAUCGAGUUCUGCGCCGACCGCCUGCUGGUCGCCCUGGGUGCCCCAAAGCACUACCAGACCCCCAACCCCUUUGAGUGGAUGGAGAUGAUCUCGCUGCAGGGAAAGACCAACUUUUUCGAGAAGCGCGUCGGGGAAUACGCCAAGAGCGGCGUCGGCGGGGCGUCGGAGGACAACCACUGCUUCUCCAUGGACGAGGACUUUUAGGCACGGCACGGCCCGGCAAGGCACUUCAAAGCUUGGCAUCGCAUGGCAUGGCUUAGCUUGGCACGUUGGCCGUGGGCUUGUGCAAGGCCUAUUUCGUGGGGACAAUGGGAAUAAGAACUACGGUGCGAGGAGCACCGGAAACAACGAUGUAUCCACUAGACUCGUAGAUAUAAUUUUUAAUGAAAAAAAGGCUAUUGG